GCAUUGUGGGCGCCCAGUUGCUGCUCUCCGCCCGCCCGGUUUGCCUGCUUGCCUGCCUGAGGCGGACACGCGUGACGCUCGCCUCGUCUGGAAUUUCCCGCUUCUGGGCAUCGAAGACGCGGCCAGGGAUGGGGACGGAGCUCGGGCGGCGCCUGCUGGCUCCUCUGUCCCCGCUAACCCUGCUGCUUCUGCUGGGGCUGCCGCCUGGGACCUCCAGCUUCACUGCCUCCCUAGAUAGCGACUUUACCUUCACGGUGCCUGCCGGCCAGAAAGAGUGCUUCUUCCAGCCCAUGCAGAAGGAGGCCACGCUGGAGAUCGAGUAUCAGGUUCUAGAUGGAGCAGGCUUAGAUGUGGAUUUUCUCCUAAUAUCACCAAAACAUGAAAUCCUAGUUUCUGAACAGAGAAAAUCUGAUGGUGUUCACACGGUGGAAACAGAGGAUGGUGAUUACAUGUUCUGCUUUGACAACACAUUUAGCACCCUGUCGGAGAAGGUGAUUUUUUUUGAACUGAUCUUAGAUAACAUGGGAGAUGAAGAGCAAGAAGACUGGAAAAAGUAUAUCACUGGCACAGAUCUAUUAGACAUGAAGUUAGAAGAUAUUCUGGAAUCUGUCAAUGGUGUGAAGGCCAGACUAAGCAAAAGCAUUCAUAUAAUGACGUUGCUCAGAGCGUUUGAGGCUCGUGAUAGAAAUAUACAAGAAAGCAACUUUGACAGGGUAAACUUCUGGUCCAUGGUCAACUUGGUAGUAAUGGUUAUAGUGUCAGCUGUUCAGGUCUACAUGCUGAAGAGUCUUUUUGAAGAUAAAAGGAAAAUUAGAACUUAGCACCACAGUGUCAUAAAAGCAAGAAACUGGGGGAAAUGCAAUAUACUACUAUGGAAGAAGAGGGGGUGAUGUUUCCACAGUUGUUUUGGAUGGACAAUAAUUAAUAUUCAAAUGACUUUUAAAUGUGAGCAAAGUGCCUUUCUUUGCUCCAAGAAUUUUCAGCCAGUUUUUAGACUCUAUACAUAACCUGUCUGAAUUUUUGUGACCAUCUACUUUGCACAAAAUACAGGAGCAAGUUCAGAUUUUUAAUAUUUGCCAUAUUUGUGUAUGUGCAACACACACACAAAUAUACAUACACACUGUCUUAACUACUGCCAGCCUAAAAAGUAAGAUAUUUUAAAAGCAAACAAACAAAAACCAAACACCAAACCCCACUUUGGCUCAUAAAGUUACGAGCUGAAGAUAAGUAUUCAGUAUUCCAAUUUUUCUAAACUGCAAAUCUGUUAAAGACAUAUUUGCUGUGGGCAAAGUGUUACUCCACUUGUUUGAGUGGGUGUUUGGGAAGACUCUUGUGACUGACUUGUAGUAAUUAAGAAAACGACUCAGCAGAAUUAACUGCUAGCAAUGUAUUGCUUCUAAGAUCUAGCUGUGUUAGCAUUCUCUUUCUAUGAGUGAAGCAGUCCCUUGAUAUCAAAAUUAUGUUUCACAUUAUGUUUAAUAAACAUAAGAUCAAUCUAAGGCCUAGAAAGUAGCUUUGCUUAUGUACACUUAUAGGUUUAUUGUUCAGACUUUUUUGGCUAUUGACAACUGAUUGUAAAGGCAAAAAUAUAUAGUUGGAAGGCAUUUAGUUAGUGAAAGGAAUAAUGGCUCAAACACUAUUUCCAAUAGUGUACUGAAAAGAAAAAAUUAUGCUAGAUUGUGUUAAUGUUUUAAUCUCAUAGGUGCCUGGGGAUCCUAGCAUCACAAUUCAAUUAUAAUUUAUUUUGCACAUUUUGGAGAUUGCUUGAAUCUUCCAUUUACUCUGCCAUUCACAGAUCAGAGAGGUCACACAGGUACAUCUGUGUGUUUUAAACCAGAGGUCCUCAACCCCCAGUCUGCGGAUCAUCCAGGAUUGGGCCGCGGAUACACAUCUCCUACCCCCUCUGCGAGAGCUGUCGUGCACAUGCACGCGAGUGUGCCAUGUGCAUGUGCAAGCAUGCUCUGCCCCUGCAAGCGUGCAGUGCAUGUGAGCACCCCCUGCGAAUGCAAGGUGUGCAUGAGCGAGCUUCACCCCCCUGCAGGCGCACCCCCCCGAACUAGUCCGCAGUUGGGAAGAUUGGGGACCACUGUUUUAAACUAACCUUACCAUUAUAUGCUUUCCACACAUAGCACCACAAGAUAGAUUUUAUAAACUUCAGAGCUCUAAGCAUGGUAAGAAUGACCUGCAUGCAGAGCCACAAUCCAAACAGUGGGGAAGAGAGUUAAAAAACUUGUUUCAUUUCAAAUACAAAUUUGCCCUAAAGACUGACAAUGUUUGAUCUUGACAAAAAGUCACGAUACAGAUUUUUCAAAGAGCAGACACCAUAGAUCCUUUGCAAUACGUAUUUGCUUAUUGUUUUCUUGAUCGCUUUAUGCCGAAUUGCUCCUAAACAUACAACUUAAUACAAGUAGGCAGGAUAAGCAUGAGCCAAAGAGUGUUUAGAGGGACUUAAUCUCUAGGAAGUCUUGCACCCUGACUUUGAAUAAAAAACUGAACUAUUACUCGCUAGAAUAUUUCGUUGGAAAACAAAUAGUGCACGUUUUCUUUUUUGUUUGAAUACUGGCAUACUUGCAACGUGUGUGUCUUAUAUGAUUCCUCCAUUAAUGGGAACUUAAUCCAUCUUUAGUAUGAUUGCCAUACCGUUUUAUCAUGGAAAAUACAUACUUCCAAAAUUAUGCUUUUUAAUUGGAGCUGGCUCCUAAACACCCACACAUUUAAGUGGACAGAACGCUCUGUAAUAUGGUUGGAGUAAAUAUAGGAAUAUCUUCCACAAACUAUACAGUUAAGCAUUUACUAGAUUUUCUUUACUUUGGAUCACCAGAUAAUAAAAGAACCUUUUGAAAAUGCAUUUGUUAAAAUAGCCAAGAAAUAGAAUAAAACAUUAUUUGAGUAUAUUGUGAAGUAAUAUUGUUAUGACUAAAAGGAGAUAAUGGGUUUCCUGUUUCACACGCAGGUACAAAUUGUAUGCAGAUAUGCAAGCAUAAUUCAUGGAGGCAAGUCAAUUACUUAACUGCAGUUACAGUGGCAGUUCCCUCUGUAUCUCCAAUUCAUAAAUUUAACACAAUUAGUAGAAAUGAACUAAUUUCUAUGAGCCUAGCAUAAUUGGCUAAUAGGUGCCAUUUUUAUGGCUGACAUCUAUGAAAGCUUCAUGCAGUCCCGUACUGAUCAAUGUGAGGAGAGCCUUAAAGCUUCUACCUUCUGACUCAGGUGGCAAAAAUACAUGCAUGGUAUGAUCUACUGUAAAUAGGAACAGGAAAUGGAGUGUCUUCCUCCUAUAGGAAACCAAGGUAUUGAAAUGAGUACACCAGUCCAAAGUGGGUACCAGAAUUUAGACUGUGAAUGGCCUCUGGGCUAUAGCACUGUUAUGACGUCCUAUGAGAAGUUGUGACUAAUCCUUCUACCUCUGAUGUUUGGUUACUACUGAUGAGUCCUUACCAACAUACCCUCUAACUUUCAGCUCCACUGGGCAGUGCUCUGCCUUGUGCGUGUGCGCAACUCUGCCCCCUACGUGCAGGGUUCCAUCGCGACCGGAACCUAACAUGAUCACUGUGCAGAGGGGGAAGACAGUUGCAUAGAGGCAGGGAGAGGCGUGCACAUGCCCAGCUUAGAGGGAACCUUGGUCCUUACUAUGAUCCAGUUCUGACUUCCAACAAAAACCUUACUUCUAUAAUGUAGUUUAGUGAGCAUAAAUACUUUUUACCAUUUACUUUGGCACUCAUGGAUAUAUUGUACUGUUUCAUAAUGGUGAGAAAUUAAGCUUGUGAGAGUCAGCAAGUAAAAGAAUAAAUUUUUGUUAUUUGAACUAAAGAACAAAUGGCUAAAAUUGUGACUGUGAAAUAGAAAGAGCUAAUAAAAGGAUAUAAAACUGUG